AUGACCAGCUGUUUUCGGGUCAUUGAGCAUGUCGUACCCUGCCAGCAUAUCAGGGAAUACCCUUAUGCGACAGCUACCAGCCAAGAAGAAACGCUCAGCUUAGCUGUCAAGCAGUAUGCACCAUUGGAUAAUCCAAAUCCGCAACCAGGUGAUGUCACGAUAAUAGGUACUCAUGCCAAUGGCUUUCCGAAGGAGCUAUAUGAGCCCUUGUGGGAGGAAGUUCAUGCACGCUCAAAAAAGGCUGGUUUCCGUAUACGGAGUAUAUGGAUUGCAGAUGUUGCCCACCAGGGUCAAAGCGGGGUGCUCAAUGAGCACUCCCUAGGGAAUGACCCGUCAUGGUAUGAUAAUCCGCGGGACCUCCUUCACCUGAUUAACCUGAAGCGAGAUGAAAUGCCCCGACCCAUUGUUGGGAUUGGUCAUAGUAUGGGCGGUAACAAUUUAAUAUUCCUUUCUGUUAUGCAUCCUCGGCUUCUGACGGCACUUAUUCUAUUGGACCCUGUGAUGAACAGACUAGACGUUCUUGAUCAUGAAUAUUCUGAACAGACCAAGGUGAAUAUUCCAACUAUGACUCUCGCAUCAACUUACCGGCGGGAUAUAUGGCCGUCUCGAAUAGCUGCAGAGAAUGCUCUUAAAGGAAGCAAGUUCUAUCAAAACUGGGACCCACGCGUACUUCAGCGGUUCUUCAAGUAUGGACUCCGCGAACUCCCUACUGCUUUAUACCCGUUAGACGACAACUCCACCAAUAAGCCUGUAGGAGAAAGGCCAGUAACCCUCACUACAACUCGGCACCAGGAAGUACUUUCUUUUGUUAGGGCCGCUUAUGGUUCAAAAUCUGAAGACGGCCAAACACUGAAUCGCACUACUCACCCGGAUCUUGACCCUGCCACUUACAAAUCUUCAUUCCCGUUCUACCGUUACGAGGUAGCUAGGACGUUUGAACUGCUUCCAUUUGUUCGACCAAGUGUUCUAUACUUAUUUGCAGACCAGUCAGAAGUCAGCAGUCCGAAGAUGAACCAGGAUAAGAUCGAGCAGACAGGUAUCGCUGUUGGUGGUAGCGGGGGCGUGGCUGAAGGGAGAAUCAGGGGCAUCGUUAUGAAGGGGGUUGGCCAUCUGAUUGCCAUGGAAGCGGUGAACCGAACUGCUGAACUGUGCACUGAUCAAAUAAGUGUGGAGAUGCAUCGUUGGCGUAGGGAGGAGGAACAGCUGACCACAGCGUGGAAAAAGAAAUCAUCGGUUGAAAAGAUGACCAUCGAUCAGGAAUGGGUCAAACAGGUUGAUCUACUUGACGUACGAAAUACGAGGAAGAAAACCAAUACUGACGCGAAGCUAUAA